ACCAUAUUCAUUGUCAUUGCUUGAUACUGCUGAUACAACAGAUAGGUGAUUUUACGUUAAAACAGAAACUUUUAUCGGAUUUCAUUGUCAGUGAGUGGCUUUAUAAACGAUCGUGUUGUGAAAUAAGUGUUCUUCGUUGACAGACAAGUGAAGUUGAAGUGAUAGUGUUUGUAUACAUAAAACUAUUCUAUAACUGCUCAUGGGAUCGUCUUGGAGCGAAGAAACUGAAACAGGAGAUUCGGAGCCUCAUUCCAGAGCAAUGCCAGACAAAAAAGUAGAAGUGGUCCAGGCCCAAAAAUUUAAGAAACCAGGAGUUUCUAUUUUAAAAGAAAUUUUGAGACGCAUUAAACUGAAUGAUGCUCUCAUUAAGGAGAACAAUCAAAUUUUGCACGAUUUUCUCAAUACCUUCGUUGCAAAGAUGAAAGAAGAGGACGAGCUGUUCAAAUUUUUGUACAGAGAACUUUAUUUCACUGGCAGCUUUUACUCGGAUCUUCGUGUUUCGAUGCCCGAUGAAUUCGACAUCAACAUGAUCUUGAAGCUACCUUUCAAUGAUUCAGAAUUUGAGGUCAUCCACCAACCGCAGGCACCAAGCUUUGUAAAGUAUCGCUUGAAAAACCAUCAAGCUGCCCUGUUGAAACAUCCUAGACUUGCUAGUUCUUUAUUUGAAGAUGGUUACCUGAUUCCCGAAAGCGUACGGAAGUGGCUGCAAAGUGUAGUUGACAAAGCUCUUAGAUCAUACACUCCACCGAGAUCGUGCAUGCAGGUGUGUACCAAACAAUCUGGACCGGCUAGAACUAUUUUACUUAAGAAAAGGAACGGUGGUCAAAUUGAUGUCGAUCUCGUUCCAGUAGUAUCUUGUUCUCUUAUCUUGCCAAGAACCUAUCUUGAUGGCAGAGUAGAGGCCAAAGUUGGUAAAACACUGAAGGCAUUUCUUGUUCCAAAACCUUAUUCGAGUUCUGCAAAACAGAUGCCAAUCAAUAGACAAGAAGCCAAGUGUUUAUGGCGAUCUCAUUUUCCUGAUCCUGAAGAAAAAAUUAUAUAUAAUGUUGGCUGUGUAAAACCUAUUAUCAAAUUGUUAAAGCUACUGAGAGAUAAAGAGGACUGGAAGAUUUUGGCUUCUUAUUACUUGAAGACUGUCGUUAUGUGGAUGGUUUUAGAAAGCAAUGGUAAACAAGACUACUGGAAAGAAGACAAAAUGGAGGAACGUUUUCUUGAAGCACUCCAAAAACUUGAUGCUGCUGUUUCACAAAGAAAAAUAACUUACAUGUUCAACAAGAAGUAUAACUUGCUUGAGAAAUUGAAUGAACAACAAGCUACCAAUAUUCACAAUCGCUUAGCAUUUUUUAUUAGAAACAUUAAAGAUGAUCCAAAACGACUUUGGAGUUUUUUCAAAGAAAAACCUGCCUUCUUAAAUUCUUGACUAUAUGGAAAAUCCAAGUUAUAGGACUGCAUUUUGCACAUGCCAAAGAAACAACACUGACUUUUAUUGAAUUUGAUAGUUUAUUUUGUGAGUUAAAUUUAAAACUCAAUGCUGCUUGUAAUUAAAGAACACCUUGUAUAUUUGAAAUUCUAAGCAAUAAUUCUGUGUAAAAUAAAUAUGUUCAUGUAUCCUCACUUUCUUAAAAAAUAAUUGAUUUUAUAUUCUAUUAUUUUUAAUUUAUUAGUACAGAAAACUAUGUGUAUAAUUUGUGUGUGUGUAUUUUUUUUUUACUUUAAAAGUUAUAAUACUUAGUAUUAUUUUUUUAUCAUUCCAUGUUUUGUAAUGAUUUUUUAAACUACGAUUUUUCGCAAUUUUUUAUUCCUUGAAAUAAUUUUUACCAUUUUAUAUUCACUUUCAUAUUUUUAAUGUUUUGAUAUGUGCUUGAAAUUAUGUCUUUUUUCUUUCGAAGUAUGUCAGUAUUAUAUGUUUCAUCUUAGAUAAUAUUAGUCAAAAGAAACGAAUAAUAAUGCAAUAUUAAAUAUAAUAUUCUAUUUAAUAUUGCAUUAACUUAUAAAACUUUUUUUUUACUAUUUUUUCGAAAGUUUUUAAAUUUGUCAGUAUUACGUAUGUGAAGAUAUUGUUUAAAAAAAUUUCAAAUUAUUUUAAUAAAUUUGUUAUAUGUAUUGUGUCAUUGUUUGAACUAUUUUUCAUCCUUUCUUUUUGUAAAAUAUUUUAUGUAAGAAUGACAGAAAUACUUAUUAAAAUUGCUCUAUUUUUA